ACGUAGGAUUACUCUUCCACGUUUCCAGCUCCUUUUUCAAGCGAGUCGUCUUCGUCUCCGUCAUCUCCCUCCCAUUACAAACAUCCAUGGAGUCGUCGUCGUCUUCUUCUUCUUCUUCUUCACGAAGACCACUCCACACGCAUCCAAAACCCACACCCGCUCGCCAGAAACCACUACCCAACCGAAUCCAAUCCGCAAUCCGAGGCAAAUCGUGCCCAAUAUGCCUGACCCACAUCGACGCUCGCACAGCAGCGGUGAUAACCGCCUGCCUUCACGCUUACUGCGUCGAUUGCAUUCGUAAAUGGAGCCACUUGAAGAGAAAAUGUCCUCUCUGCAACCUGGACUUCGAUUCUUGGUUUUUCAAGAUCGACCCCUAUUCUCGAACCUUCCUCCGAGAGAAAUUGCCGGGUCUCGGCGAGGGUAGAAAGGUCGUUUCCGAGGGGUUACGGCUUAGAGCGAAUCAUCGUCUUGUAGAGCAAAGGGUUAUCAGAAGAUCAAGGGAAGAAUUCAAUUGUUUCAGUGGGCAAACAAGGCCAUUGCCGAGACAAAGAUGGUUUGGAAGGUCAGAAUCAGAGUCGUCUGAUGCUGUUGCCCAGAGAGUUCUUCAGUGGCGCGCUAGCAUAUAUGAACAACACUUGCAAGCUGUUCCUUUUUCUUCUCGGAGUAAUCAGGAGCAGAACACGACAAGGAAUAAUUGUGCUCAAGAAAGGAUAGAGAAGAAAAUAGAGCCAUGGAUUCGAAGGGAACUGGAAGCUAUCCUUGGGGAUCCUGAUCCGUCUGUAAUUGUUCAUGUGGCUUCCUCGUUAUUCAUAUCAAGCUUUGAAGAGAAGCGCGAGGUCUCUUGCGAACAAUCUGAUCUUGUGGAUAACUAUCUUGAACCUUUGCGACCUUUUCUGCAUGAAAGGACCAAUAUGUUUUGGCAUGAACUUAGGUGUUUUGCAGAAAGCCCAUUCACCAUGGAGACAUAUGACACGGUAGUCGAAUAUAGAAAGUGGUCAGAAUAAGUUCAGAAAAGAGACUUCAAUUCAGCUCUCUAUGUGCUGCUUUGUUGCAACCAGACAUGCUAUCUUUGGUUAGGUGGAAAUUUGAGAGGUCACGUUCUUCGAAGAACUUUGGCUUCAAAGGAUUAUGCUCUAAAGUCAACCCAUGCGUCUAGCCGCUAAGAUGGAUGUUGAUAUUGCGCUUAUGAGAAGAGUGAACCAUCGGGAACAAGGUAGAUCUGAGUUCCAUUAUGUUAGCAGGAAGCAAAUCAGUGUUCGCAAGUGGACUGGUGCCCGAUACUUUUCAAAAAACUCAAUCUCGAUUCUCGACAAUGGGUACAGCAAAAGUAGCAGAAACACUGGAGGAGUUCCUCACUGAAGACUUAAAAAUUCUCCACAUACCACAGGGUGUUUGAUUCGGCUUCUUACCCUGCCAGUAUUUCAGCCAAAUACUUAUCUUUAGCCUUAAACUGGAUAUUAUUGAUGUCAACUUUAUCAAGGCGGCGAAUUUUUCUUGUAGUAUUGAGCAGAAGUAGGGCUGCAAAUGAGCCGAAUUGAGCCAAGCUUUAUCUCAUGUAUAACUUGAUAUUCUUCUUACCAACAAAGUGAGCACUGGCAAGCUGUAUCUUUAUACAGCUUCUUAAACCU